CAAGGAGUUGGACCCAAAGGACCAGAAGAAUGGCGAUCAGAAUGGAGAGGACGACAAGAAGGAGACACAGCCGCCCGUCAAAGAGAUGCGCGCCGUUGUGCUGACCGGCUUCGGGGGCGUCAAGACCGUCAAAGUGUUGAAACGACCGGAACCGCAGCUAUCGGAAGGAGAAGUACUGAUUCGCGUCAAGGCCUGUGGACUCAAUUUCCCGGAUUUGAUGCUAAGACAGGGUGUGAUCGACAACCCGCCCAAAGCCAAAGUACCGUUCAUUAUGGGCUUUGAAUGCGCGGGAGAGAUAGAGGCCGUGGGCGAAGGGGUCACCGGACUCCGAGUGGGCGACCGGGUGUCGGCGCUGUGCGAGUCGAAAGCCUGGGCCGAACUCGUGACCGUAAACGCGAAAUAUGUCUACAAAAUACCCGCGAAGAUGAGUUUCGAAGACGCGGUAGCCCUCACUCUGAACUAUGCCGUCGCCUAUGCCCUGCUCUUCAAUGUCGGCAAUCUUAAGAGCGAUCAAACAGUUUUCAUUCACUCUGUCGGCGGCGGAGUUGGUCAAGCAUUGGCACAAUUGGCCAAAACUGUUGGCAACGUGACAGUCAUCGGCACCGCUUCCAAACACAAACACGAGUCCAUCUCCAAUGUGACCAAUCUUCUGGACCACUCCACCGAU